AUGGCUAGCCCUGCGACGCCACCAACAACUCCACCUGCAAUCGCCCCAGUAUUCGACGACGAGGAUGAAUCGCCAGUAUCGGCUCCUCCAGUAUUGGUAGGAGACUGGCUUGUUGUGGUAGGCGCUGUCGUGGAUAUUGUUGAUGGUGUAGGUGUGGAAGUCGGUUUAACGGUAGCUUCAUCGAAUAAGGUUACGCGGUUAGUCUAA